AUGGAGGGUUUACCGGCAGAUUGCAUAAUUGACAUAUUGUCCCAAGGGUCACCGCGCGAUGCUUGUAGGUCCGCGGUGGUGGCUUCGGUGUUUAGAGCGGCUGCAGAGUCGGACGUGUUGUGGGAUAGGUUCUUACCACCUGAUCACGAAGAAAUCAUAUCGGAAAGUGUGUCUCCGUUGAAGUAUAAAUCUAAAAAGGAGCUUUUCUUUAAGCUUUCUAGUCCACUUUUUAUUGAUCAUGGCCUCAAGGCAUUCUUUAUAGACAAAGCGACGGGUAAAAAGUGUUACAAGCUAAGUGCAAGAAAGCUUUACAUUGCUUGGUCAGCCAAUCCUCUCUUUUGGUGUUGGAAACCUGUUAUCGAAUCAAGAUUUGCAGAAGUUGUAGAGCUUAGAAUGACAAGUUGGCUUGAAAUAGAAGGAAAAAUCGACACCCGCAUUUUGUCACCAAACACAAUGUAUAGAGCAUAUCUGAUUGUUAAAGUUGCUCAUCAUCGUGCCUAUGGUUUAGAUGUUGUACCAUGUGAGGUUUUGGUUGAAGUUGGUGAAUUUUGUUCGCGAGGGACAGUAACAUUGUCCCACAAUGCAUGUGUGAAACAAUCAUUAGAGCGUGUUUGUGGUGAAAACAAGGUUGAAGAAGGUUCAAGAUCAAAAUUUGAAGACAAUGUUGCUAGGGUUGGUUUGGAGAGAAAGGAUGGAUGGUUGGAGAUAGAAUUGGGUGAGUUUUACAACCAAGGAAUGUGUGAGAAGGAGGUUAAAAUGAGCUUAAGAGAAAUCAAUGGUGUUCAUUUGAAAGGAGGGCUUGUUGUAGAAUCACUUGAAAUCAGGCCCACCUAG